UGCCGCCCGCAGAAGAUGCACUUCAGCACCGUCACCAGGGACAUGGAAGCUAUCUCCAGCCCCUGGCUCACCCAGCUGUCCCAUUUUUGCGAUGUUGCAGCUUUUACGGCCAACAGCCUGAGCAGCCUGAACGCCUCCGGGGGAUACCACCUCUCCCCUUCCCCGGGGGACCCGUACGGACAGCAUGAGCAGCCGCACUACGAGCCCUGCACGGCUCAGCAGCAUCCGCACCCGCCGCCCCAGCCCCAGCACGGCUACCCCUUCGGCGGGGCGGCGGCGGCGGCCGGGGCCAAUCCGCCGCCUCCAGGCCCCGAGCCGCCCGAGGGCGCCGGGGGAGCCGCCGCGGGGCCGGCGGCCGUCUCCGGCUGCUCUGCGGGGUCGGCCGCCGCGGCCAAGGCGCCGGUGAAGAAGAACCCGAAGGUGGCCAACGUGAGCGUCCAGUUGGAGAUGAAGGCUCUGUGGGACGAGUUCAACCAGCUGGGCACCGAGAUGAUCGUCACCAAGGCCGGCAGGCGCAUGUUCCCCACCUUCCAGGUGAAGAUAUUUGGGAUGGAUCCUAUGGCUGACUACAUGCUCCUCAUGGAUUUUGUCCCCGUGGACGACAAGCGAUACCGGUACGCCUUCCACAGCUCCUCCUGGCUGGUGGCCGGCAAAGCCGACCCCGCCACCCCCGGGAGGGUGCACUACCACCCGGACUCCCCGGCGAAAGGGGCGCAGUGGAUGAAGCAGAUCGUUUCCUUCGAUAAGCUCAAACUGACCAACAAUUUGCUGGAUGACAACGGGCAUAUCAUUUUGAACUCCAUGCACAGAUACCAGCCGCGUUUUCACGUGGUCUACGUGGACCCCCGGAAAGACAGCGAGAAAUACGCGGAGGAGAACUUCAAAACCUUCGUCUUCGAGGAGACGCGCUUCACGGCCGUGACCGCCUACCAGAACCACCGAAUCACACAGCUGAAGAUCGCCAGCAACCCUUUCGCCAAGGGAUUCAGAGACUGCGACCCUGAGGACUGGCCCAGGAAUCACAGGCCAGGGGCCCUUCCUCUCAUGAGUGCUUUUGCCAGAUCCCGGAAUCCAGUCUCUUCCCCGGUGCACCAGAAUGGGACAGAGAAAGAUGCUGCCGAGAGCCGGCGGGAGUUCGAGCGGGAGGCGGCCGGCGGGACGGCGCUGCACGCCGAGGCCGCGCACCAGCAGCUCAUGUCCCGCGUCCUCAGCCCCGCACUGCCGGGCGGCGGCGGCGGCCUGGUGCCCCUGGGCGGCGCGGGCGGCGGCCGGCCCAGCCCACCCCACCACGAACUGCGCCUGGAGCCCGCCGCCUCGGAGCCGCUCCACCACCACCCCUACAAGUACCCGCCGGCGGCGGCCGCCGCCUACGACCACUACCUGGGGGCGAAGAGCCGGCCCGCGCCCUACCCCCUCCCCAGCAUCCGCGGGCACAGCUACCACCACCACCAUCACCACCACCACCACAUGAACGCGGCGGCCGCAGCGGCGGCGGCUGCCAACAUGUACUCGUCGUCGGGCGCGCCCGCCAGCUACGACUACGGGCCCAGAUAA